AUGAAACCGGAACGCAAUGUGAUGAUAGCGGCCACCGGAAGUGUGGCCACCAUUAAGUUAGCCCAGUUAAUCAAUGAGCUCUCCGACGAGAACCUACCCUUUAAGUUCCACCUGAAAGUCCUUGUCACCGAGUCGGCCAAGCACUUUUUUGAACUGGAGCAAAUACCAGAAAAUGUACCCAUUUACCACAAUCGCGAUGAGUGGAUUGCCUGGAACAAGCGAGGAGAUCCAGUUCUACAUAUUGACCUAGGCAAGUGGGCCGAUUUGCUGGUGAUUGCCCCCCUCAGCGCCAAUUCCCUCUCCAAAAUGGCCACCGGGAUUUGCGAUAAUAUCGUAAUGUGCGUGGUGCGGGCAUGGGACCUUCAGAAACCCCUGCUCUUUGCUCCAGCGAUGAACACUCGGAUGUACGACCACCCAAUAACCCGAGAGCAGAUCGACAAGCUGACCAGUUGGGGCUACACGGAAAUUCCUUGUAUCUCCAAGACCCUUAUGUGUGGGGAUACCGGUAACGGUGCCAUGGCGGAGGUUCCCACAAUUGUAAAAGCGGUGUUGGCUGAAUUUAAAUCGGGAAAUUAGUUAAAUCAAGAAAUUGUUAUACACACAGAGUUUAUAUCGCAGAAUAUUUUGUUACAAUAAUUAGACAUAUACUAUGGAA